AUGUUAUCGUCGACGUACGUUGCAACGACGUCAUCAUCCAACAUGACGACGUUCUUCCGCUCCGGCGCAACAGCCUUGAUCUCUGGCGGUGCUUCCGGCGUCGGAUUCGCCAUGGCCCAGCUCUGCCGCAAUCACGGCAUGCACAUCGCCCUCAUCGACUACAACACCUCCAACCUACAAGCCGCACAAAAAGCUCUCAGCGGCACCUCAGAUCUCAAAACUGAAACCUACCAACUCGACGUCGGAGAUCUCUCAGCCUGGAAAGCCAUUCUCCCAAAAGUCCAAUCCACAUUCCCAUCCCUGGAUCUCCUCAUGCUCAAUGCCGGAACGUCCGUGAACCCAUCUACAAAACAACCCUACGAAGACGUGGAAUACUUUCAGAAAACACUAAACACAAACAUGUACGGCGUGAUCAACGGCCUAGCCACGUUUCUCCCAAUGCUACAGGACUCCGCCAAGUCAUCCAAGGACAGAGGAAGUCACAGUGUAAUCAUAACAGGCUCCAAACAGGGCAUCACGAAUCCACCCGGAGCACAAAACCCAGCAUACAACAUGUCAAAGUCGGCGAUCAAGACGCUAGCAGAGCACCUAGCCCACGAUCUACGCACAGAAAAAUCUCCGAGCUAUUCUCCAGGCAUCAGCGUGCACUUGCUGAUUCCAGGCUGGACUUACACAGGAUUAAGUGGUAACUCCGGUCCAACACCCAGCAAAGAGCAAUUGGCGAAGAAGAACGAUGGUGCCUGGUUGCCGGCCCAGGUCGCUGAAUAUGCUGAGAAGAAGAUUGGACAGGGCAAGUUUUACAUUGUUUGUCCAGAUAACGACGUUGACGAAGCACUGGAUAUGGCUAGGAUGGAGUAUGCUAUUGGAGAUGUUGUUCAGGGCCGAAGUGCACUAAGUAGAUGGGAUGCUAAGUACGAGAAGAAGGCAGCAGAUGAGAUCAAGAAACGUGCGGAUGAGUUGAGGAAGUGA